UUUCGAUUUUCGUGGAGUGAAGAACUUUUUUCUGGAGUAUUGUUGCCUCCAAUAUCAAGAUGAAGAUCCAUCUAUUGCCUUGCAUGGCGUGCCUGCUGGUAUUGUCUUUCGUUGAGGGACGAUCAUUGCGGUUCAAGCGUAGCGAUAUCGUGUUUCGACCAGAUCAAGAACAAACCUGGGAAGAACGUGAGUUGGCCAUGCGCCGUGGAUACUCUCAGAGCAGCGCUGCCAAUACCGGAUCGCAGACAAUUGUCGGUCCAGGUGGAAUCGCUCAGCAAACCGCCGGUGGAAGUGUUUCGUCCAAUUUGGCGAACGACGGAUCCAGCGGGCAACUGAGUGCUGCUAACACACAACAGCAGUCAUUACAAUCUGGGGAUAAGUUCCAAAGCCAAAACAGUGGACAGAGUCAAUCGGCAAACUUUGGAAAGGAUCAUCAGCAAAUGUCUAACGCUAACACCAACACCAACACUGUACAGGAAGGCGGAAAUAUUCGGCAACAGACACAAGGUGGGGCAGGAUCCUCGGUGGUGGACAAAUUUGGCAGCCAGGCCAGUCAAGCCCAGACCACCAACGAGCGGUACGUAGCCAACGGUCAGCAGGGCAGCCGAUCAACGGGAUCCAGUAAUUCGCAAAACAUCGGGAAGGACGGAUCGGGUUCGACAGCGAACAGCAACACCGGAGUGGAAACGAUCGUGCUGCCUGACGGCACGACAAUUACGAAAUCAUUCGGUUCGUCGUCCAGUUUUCAGAGUAGUCGCAACGUGAAGGUUGGUGCUUCGGCGAGUGGCCACUCGAAUGCGAUGCAAGGUUAGAAUAAGUCAUUGGAGCUGAUAAUUGUUACUUUUUUUCUGGCUUUUGUGUUUAUGUGAUGUGCCUAUCAGUAAUAAAUAUUUAAUUUACACUGAACUUUCUGUGAUGUACUGGUGCAAUAAAGAAACUCACUGCCACUUCUCCAAUUUCGAAUGCAACUGCUUCCGUAUACUUAGAAAAUAAAACCAAAUAUGUGUAGAAGUAGAAA